AGGUAAGUUACAGUGUUGCCAUGAAAGAUGGUGAUGUUAUGGUGGUGAAGAAGGACAUUAUCAGUCACAUUACUGGAAUGCCUUGGGUUUAUAUAACAGACCCAAGAUACUCCUGUAUGUGGUCAGGGGAGAAGAAGCAAAGAGAGACAAGGGAAACAGUGGGAGAGGCUAGGAAGCAGAGAGAGGGAAUGAUAUUGGGACUGUCUAAGGUUGUGGUUGUCUGAAUGAGGGAGAGUGCACAGCAGAGAGGAGCCAGAAGUAGGAAAAGGCAACAAAACAGCUUGUACAGUCUUUCACUCUGCCUGGUGGAGCCAGCAGGGAAACAGGCUAUGCAGCUGUUCUUCAGCCUGAACAUUAGCAGAUACCAGGGACUUCUUUGUCCUGCUCAUCAAACCAUCCUGCCUUUUCUCUUAAACUUUCCUCUCUCUCCCACUGUUUUUCUUUCUUGUUUUUUCCUCUCACAUUUUAGGCACCUUUCCCACCUCACCAUUUUUUUCUUUCUCUCUAAUAGUCAUACUUUGCUUUCCUCCCUCAAACCUUCCCCCAAUGCUCCCCACUGAGAGUGCUGCUUAAUCUGGGGGAAGAUCUUUGUGUCCAGGCUGCCCUCAUAGCUGAGCUGGGAGCCACAAGCAUAACAGUAGUGCUUACUGAAGUCUGAUGAUGACUUUUGCUCACAUGCAGGAAAUUGCAGCUCUCAGAAACUGCUUGAGAUAUGAGUUCCCACAUCAGAUCCCUUGACAGAGCCACUGCAGCCUGUACUGUGACCACAUUUUGAGGUGAUCAGUAUUAUAUCCUGUGUCCAGGAAUCUGGCUUCUGCUUUGCUAGAGCUCUGUCCCAGUGGUAAGAAGGUGGAGGAUGAUAGCCCAGAGGGAGGGUCUGACAGAUUAGAUCUGAAGACUCAAGGAUGGGAACUGAGGCACCCAGAGUGCCAAGAGUACUUAGACUCAAAGGUUGUGGGAUUGGUGUGGGCUGCAUGGCUAAUGCCCUCCACAGCCUGGUGAGAGCUGAAGACACUCACCACCCCUGUUGUGGACAGUCGAGGGGGUGGUCCACAGUGUGUGGGGGAGUCUUUUUAUACUGUCAUGCCUAUAGCAUCACAGAGUCCUUGUACAUCUGCCAAUCAAUCCUCAUUUCUGAAUCAUACUAGGAUGAUUAAGGCUUCCCCAUGCUCAGCACAGCAGAAUCUGCCCAUGGAGUGAUUGUGCUAGGACCACUUUUUGCUUCUGAUGCAGGCAGCUGAUGGGGCAUCAUGUGGAGGACAGCUUUCAGGGCUUGCAUGACAGCCCAUGAUUAGCUGUCCGCCCAGGCCCAUAAGCUGCCCGGAGAUGAUGAUGUCUGAUCCCCCUUCAUCUAUGGAAAAGGCCCAUUUUCUGUGAUUAACUUCAGAGCUGUACCUCUGCCCUUGCUGUGUUUGGAAAUUGCUCUUGCAUUCCCACCCUCUCCCCCUCUGGCUGCCCAAGUUCCAGCCUCCUCCCCCUGCUCCGCCAAGAGUCCCUCUGUGAAAUGGCCAAGCCACCAGAAUCUCUGGGGCUGUGUACAGCUGCCUCUGAGAAGCAAGGGUCUAGGUUGGGGGUUUGCAACUUUUAGGAGUGGUGGACUGAAACAACACCACUUUCUCCAUGGUGGGCUGGCAUUUCCAAUAUAGACAUAGGCAUCCAGGAGUACAGUUCCUACCUGCACGUAAGUACCAAAAAUGCCAUAUGAACAAAAAAUGACCAGUUUGAGGACUAGGAAAGGACUAGAAUACCACCACCAGUAGACAGCACUUACUUCCAUUGACUGAAACUAUUGUACCCCCUCCCUCCCGUGCCAGGGACCCCAUUCUCCCCCUAGCAGAUGCUGUCUGCACAGCUUCUCCCGUUCUCCACUUCAUCUCCCAUCCCUCCUUCACUCUUCUUCCACUGUUACACUGAUCUCACUGUCAGACUCAUUUAGGUCUCCAGACAAAAAGCUGUACUGGGAGGAUAAGGAAAAGUCACACAAGGGUACUUUGAUGCUCUUUUGACUUAGCAGCACAGAGAGCUGAUGGCAGGAGCAAUCACAAGCAUAUUUUUCCACCUGUAACUGUGACUCCUGGACUCAUUCCAAUGCAGCAAAUGACAUGAGUCAGCUCCAAGAAAAGAAGCACCCAGUGGCUGCUACUGGAGGUGGGGCUCAUUUCUGACCUCAGGAAAGUGAAACUCCUAUUUAUAUUGCCCUGUGAGAACCAGGGCGUCAGGGGACAUUGUGAGUAUUCUCCAGCAUGAAGCAAUUGUCCAAUCUGCCCGGAGUAUUUCAGAGGUCUGAUCACUCUAGACUUCAAGGACAAUUUCUGUUGAGCCUGCAUCCUCUGGUGCUGGAAAGGUUCAAGUCCAAACCGCUGCUGUCCCCAUUGCAGACAAAUUGCGCAACAGAGAAACCUCAGACCCAAUAGUUAGCUAAAGAAUGUGGUACAAAUAGUCAAACAGCUGAAAGCACGGGCAGCCACAAGAGCAGGAGGCCAGACAGUGUGUGGAUAACACCAGGGGACUCUGAAACUCUUCUGUGAGGAGGACCAAGCUGCUCUCUGUGUAGUUUGCCAUCUGUUUUGGGCUCACCAAACUCACACUGUGGUCCCCAUAGAGGAGGCUGAUCACCAGUACAAGAGAAAAGCUGAGAGGCAGAAGCUAGCCUCUGAAUUUUAAUAAUAUUGUCAGUUUCUGGAGGAACAAAAGUGACACCUACUGGUCCAACUGGGAUAGCUGGAAAAGGAGAUUGCAAAGAAAAAGAAUGAAAACGUUACCAAACUAGCUAAGAUUUCCUCUCUCAAUACACUGCUCAGUGAGGUGGCAGAGAAGGUCCAGGAGCCGGCAAGCGAGUUCCUGCAAGCGAGACGUCAGAGGCACCAUGAGCAGACGUGAUGAUGAGAAGUUCCAGCAGCCAGUGGAGAUGUCUCCUGAUCUGGAAAUGAGACCCAGAGAUUUUUCCCAUAAAAGCGUUGACUUAACAGAGUCUUUAAGGAAGUUCAGAGGUACCAAGAAGUGUUCUAUGAAGGAAAAUGGGAAUGAAUGAAUCUUUGAGAAUGUGGGAGCAGGUGGCUCUGGCUAAUGGACAAGCUGCCAUCCAACUUGGGGAAGGGAAGACAGGAACCUCAGGGAUCAUUCGCCAAGGUGACAAUGACUCUGGAUCCAGACACAGCAAAUCCCAAUCUCAUCCUGUCUGCAGAUCGGAGAAGCAUGAGAUGGGGAGAUGCACAGCAGGAUCUACCUGACAAUCCUGAGAGAUUUGACACAUGUCCCUGCCUUCUGGGAUGUAAGGAAAUCACCUCUGGGAGGCAUUAUUGGGAGGUAGAGGUGGAGGAGAAGGGAAACUGGGCUGUGGGGAUUGCCACAGCAUUUGUGAAGAGGAAGGACUGGAUUCACCGUAACCCAGAAGGAGGGAUCUGGGCUCUGGAAAAGUGGAGGAAUCAUCUGAAGGCUCUCACUAUCCCUGAAACCCAUUUGCCCCUAUGCCAGUUCCCUCAAAGAAUCCGGGUCUCCCUGGACCAUCAAGGAGGACAGGUGUCCUUUUUUGAUGCUAGUAAUGAUGCCCUGAUCUUCACUUUUCCACAAACCUCAUUCACCGGGCAAAGACUCCUCCCUUGGUUCUGGCUCUAUGGCAGUAAAUCUGAGCUUAGAAUAUGCCCCUAAAAUAUGGCAUGGGGCGGGAAUAUUCCACCUGAAGUAAUAAAACCUGCUGGCUUAAUAUAUGUCUCUCAGCCUCCAGCUAUUCAUCUCCAUGUUAGAGAAGUUUCCAUGGUGUCAGACCCAUAGAGAGUAUGGUGUUGCCUGGAUGGACAAGGCAAUCCCGUGGGACAUGUGUCACUUCAUCUGUUUUCCUCUGCACUUCCUGGCUCCAGCACUUCCUGGCAGUGUAGUCUUCUCAUGAGAAAGCACCAAAUAGGUAGCCAAAAUCCCUCUUGCUCAGAGCAGUCUGGACUGGAGGAUCCUUGCAAAGUCCCUGUUGAUGUCCUUUGGCUACUGGUAGGAAAUGUGCAAGUUGGAGGCUGCUGGGCAGAAGAAACUUCUGCUUCUCCUUACCCUGCACCUCCAAGGGUGGAAGGAGAAGGGAUGAAAAGCUUGAUCUGCAAGAGCAGUAGGGGUACCCUGAGGGUAUAAGCAAAACUCGUGAGGAUGUGCGUUCAGUGAUGGAAAUGAAGAUAUAACAGGACUGUUGUAGGACUGGGUGGUACACAAUUGCUAUACUGAGGGCAUGCCUACACAUGCCAAUUUAAGGUGCAUUAGCCAUGUUUAAAGGCACAUUAAGGCACGCACCCACGCCCCUAAUGUGCCUUCAAAAUUGCAAUUUUAAGCUAUGUGUGCCUAAAUUUGAUACCUGCAAAAGCAGGUAUCAAAUUUAGGUGCAAACAGCUGAAGUGCCUUAACGCACAUGUAGACACACUAAGGUGCAUUAACACUGUGUAUGUCAACUGACUUGGGACUAAUUUUAGUCCUAAGUUGGUCCAUACACAGUGUUAAUGGGCCUUAGCAUGUGCACAUGUAGACGUGCACCUAAAUAGUUUUAAUAUGCAUUAGACAAACGCGCAUUAAGUUUUGGUGCACAUAAAAGCAUGUGUAGACAUGCCCUCAGGAACAAGCAGAUAUGGGGGUCAUAGGACAAAGAUGCAAAAAUUAGAUUUUGGUUUGGGUGAAAAGAAGGAAUUAGAAAGCAGAAUCUCUGUACUGGCAGAAAAUAUACAAAACCGUUGCAUAUGAUCUUUGGGUCUCCCAGUCAGAGGUCUUGUAGCAGGGCCAAACUUACCUUUCUCCAUUAAAAUCUAACAUGGGCAGGGGAAAUUCAAAAAUCAACAGAAAGAUCAAAAGCAUGAGUGGAAGGGACAGAAAAAUAAAGGAGGCUGAUCAAUAAGUGUUAUAAAUAAUGGUGAAUAGUAAUAGAGACAAGGAAAGAGAAGAAGUAAGGAGGAAAGUGUAAGAGGGAGGUAUAGGGAGCUAUAAUGACACUAAUUCAUUAUGUCCAUAUGUUUGUACAUGGACAUUGGUGCCAUUUUUGUGGUUUUAAAAUGUUUCAUUUUUGUGCAUUUUUUCUCAUGUGCCGGUUAUUAAAAGUCACUUUCAGCUUCUUGUCAAACCUGACUUUUUCUUUCUGUAUAAAUAAAGAACUAACACCUUUGUGCCCUCUUUCCUUUCCCAGCUGUACUUUUUGGGGAAAGUCAUAGC